CCCUAAAUCUCGGGGCUAUGGCUUGUCGAGCUAGCGCCUGCUGUAUCGGGCACAAUGCGUGGGAUUUUAGUGCCAGGAAUUCGAAGAGAAGGGGAGCUAUGGCGCUACGCUGCUCGGCCAGUGGAAACGAUCAGAUUUUGCGAUGUGUUUCCAAGAAUGCUGAGGUCUCUGUUCUUAGUAUUGUUGGAAAUCAUUUGGUCCAAGAGGCCCAGCGCCGUCAUCAAACAUCUCCGACGGCCUCCGCAGCUCUUGGUCGAGCGCUUCUGGGAACACUUUUAGUAGCUUCACUUAAGGAUGACGCUGAGACUGUCCAGAUAAGUUUUCUAGGUAGAGGGCCUUUAGGACAAAUGACAACAGUGGCCUCCCAGUCGAAACUUGUCAAAGGUUUUGUUUCAAAUCCUUUGUGCGACCUUCCUCUAACCUCGCAAGGAAAACUUGAUGUAGGGACUGCUGUCGGUGCUGGUGCUCUAAAUGUCGUGCGGAAUCAUCCUCGGUGGAAGCAGCCAUACACUGGUAGCACGCCGAUAUACAGCGGUGAAGUUGCAGAAGACAUAGCUCGAUAUCUUGCUGAGAGCGAACAGAUAAACACUGCCCUCGGAAUUGGAGUAGCGUUUAGUACUCAAGGCACGGUGAAAGCUGCUCGGGGAUACCUCGUGCAGGCACUGCCGUUUUGCUCGGAAGAAACUCUUACGCGGCUCGAAAAGAACGUCGCAAGCAUGCAUUCUUUGUCGGAUCCUUCUUUGGAUAUGACUGCUCGGGAGAUGAUAACUCGCCUAUUGGAAGGAAUCGGCACCGAUAGUUUCAGUGAUCCGGUUUUUCCGGAAUUCGGGCCUUGCGGCGUCGAGGACCUCAAGCCUCGGAUGAUACGGGCAGUGGCUUCUUUGGGAGCAAGCGAUGUGAGAGAACUCCUCAGUGAAAACGGCUAUGUGGAAGUGAAAUGCGAGUUUUGCGCUGAGACUGUCCGGUUUGUGGAAGAAGACUUGAAAGAAAUAUUCACACAUUCCUAAGAACAUUCUUAUUUACUAAGAACUACUAAGAAUGUUAAAGAUCAGGCUUUCAUUGAAUUAAAUAAUUUGCUGCAUUGUAAUGUUAAUAAUAGCAUUUUUAAAAGUU